AUGACAAAGUAUGGCCAUUUGGCCGCCAUUGUUUCGCCCGUUCCCCAUUCUCCUGUUCCAAAGCGUAGCUUAGAUUGUUGUGAUCCAUCUGAACUGCUAAGGGAACAUUACAGAUCCAUCAAGGAAAGGAAAGAAGAAGCUGUAGACAUCUUGAGAAGGAUAUACCCUGCUGAGGAGGUUGAAGCAGAAAUUGAGGCUCUACGACUAUCAGUUGAAGCUGAAAUUGCUGAGGAAGGUUCGAUCGGAGAAUAUAGUUUACCUGGUAAGUUAAGGAAGGCAUUGAGCAGUGUAGCUGUCCGGAGAGGACUCGUUGCAGGCAUUCUCUGCCAGGUUGCUCAACAGUUUGUGGGUAUCAAUACCGUUAUGUAUUACAGUCCCACUAUUGUUCAGUUGGCUGGCUUUGCUUCUAACAGUACUGCCUUAGCACUUUCUCUAAUAACCUCUGGGCUCAAUGCCCUUGGAUCCAUAGUCAGCAUCUACUUUGUUGACAGAGCUGGGAGGAGAAGGUUGCUACUUCUCAGUUUGAUUGGUAUCGUAACCUGUCUUGCAUUACUUAGUGGUGUGUUCUUUGGAGUAACAAAACACUCACCAGCGGUUAGCAAAGAGGAAACUCAACUAUUCGGCAAUUACACAUGUCCUGCUUUCAACCCAACCUCAGGCAUGGAAUGGACGUGUAUGGACUGCAUGAGAGCAACUUCUGAGUGUGGCUUUUGUGCUCAUGGAGGGAAUAAACUUCUUCCCGGAGCAUGCUUGCGGUCGGAUUCUACGGUUAGAGAUGCUUGUCACGCCAAUCAUCGUGAGUGGUAUACUCGAGGAUGCCCAAGCAACUUUGGAUGGUUGGCUCUCGUCGCUCUCGGAGCAUACAUUGUAUCUUACUCUCCUGGCAUGGGCACUGUCCCCUGGAUUGUCAACUCGGAGAUAUACCCCUUACGAUACCGAGGACUCUGUGGGGGGUUGGCCGCAGUAGCUAAUUGGGUCUCCAAUCUGAUCGUCACGCAAACCUUUCUGAGCUUGACAGAGGCUUUAGGAACAGCUCCCACCUUCCUCUUGUUCUGUGGCAUUUCUGCUGUUGCCUUUGUGUUUAUCUUUUUACUUGUACCGGAAACCAAGGGUUUAUCAUUCGAAGAAGUGGAGAAGAUGUUGGAAAGCAAUGAUUAUAAGGCAUGGCGUGGAGCAAGGACUCAGGAAAGCAAAGACCAUAAUACAUGACUAUUAUUCAUCAUAAGAGAUGUUAUUCAUGUUACUGUCUUACAAAUAAAAAUUUUACGAAAACUUUUGUCUGCUGAGC